AUGGCAUCUUCAGCAGUUUCAAAGCAAUCCCAUUGCCAUAGCCUUGUAAUCCUUGCCGCUCUAGCUUUAUUUUGUGCAGCAAAAAUUUGCUUGGCCGAAAAAUUUAAGCCCCAGUCGGAGUCUGGUGAUGAUUUUAUUAAAACUUCAUGUGGGGUUACAAGGUAUCCAGACUUGUGUUACAAGACGCUUUCAGCUUAUGCUGAUACCAUUCAAGAUAAUCCUACACAGCUAGCCAAUGCAUCUCUAUCUGAGACCCUAAAAAACGCUGAGUCCACGUUAAACAUGAUGCAAAAGCUAUUGCAGAUGCGGGAGUUAAGGCCUAGAGAAGCCGGCGCCAUAAAGGAUUGCGUCGAAACCAUGAAAGAGUCGGUGGAUGAGCUUCAGAAGUCAAUGCUAGCAAUGAGGGAUCUUGAAGGCCCAGAUUUUCGCAUGGAAAUGAGCAACAUACAAACAUGGGUAAGUGCCGCCUUGCCGGAUGAAGAUACUUGCAUGGAUGGCUUUCAAGGUAAAGCCAUAAAUGGGAACGUUAAGGACACUAUAAGGAUCUAUAUUGUGAAAGGUUCUCAGUUAACCAGCAUUGCCUUAGCUCUCAUUAACAGAAUUCAGUAA